CCUCUGGCUGUAGUCGUGCAGCAGAAAAUCUAGUGGCAUUAUCACUGACAUAUUCAAGUCGCUCCUCAAGUGUACGAGACGCGUUUCAUUGUGAAAUGGGUGCUAGGGUCGGUUUUGUCUACCAGGCUUGGACAUGUCCAUUCUCUUCCUGCCGUUAAAACCUUGACAUAUUGGAAAUGCGGAAUAAAACUCGGCAUGAUGUCCCAGCCUUGACCAGACAGCAGUCUGGUACGUGUGCGGCGUCAGCACAAAGAAACAGCAAAAAACACGACCUGCAUAACAACUAGACAAAAAGAGAGCCUCCGUUUAGGUUCCAAUGGGGAUAACACCUACUUUGCAGCGCGUGUCUUCACGUAUAAUAAGAGCCCUCCUUCGACUGUAAAUGCACCACUGGCACUCAUGGCAUCUCAUCGUCUCCACAGGACACUGCGCGUCGGACGGCUCCAACGGACUGUGACCAUUUCCCCGGAGCUGUGGCUUAAGAUCGUCGGCUAUCUGAGCCCUCGAGACGUGUUACGGCUCGCGCGAUCGUCCAAGGACCUCCGUUCCUUGUUUAUGGACCCGUCGUCGAAGGCGAUGUGGAAAGCGGCGCGUAAGUCAGUGGGUUGUCCUGAUCCAGUUUCAGGAUUCUCCGAACCGGCGUGGGCGAACCUGAUGUUCUUCAAUACAUGUAGCUUUUGUUGUGAGAGAAUAGUACGCAAUGUUGAUUUUUGUCUUCUUACUCGCAUAUGUGGAAAUUGUGCUGGAGAAGAGAUUAUGACUGAUCCUUUGACAGGUUCUGAUACAGAUGUGGCCACCUUAAUCAUGACGCUAAUUCCCACCCGAUCGGUGUACGACCAAGUGUAUUGCGUACGAAAAGAAUUCGAGGCUGUCAAAGAGAAGUAUCUCUCUCUCUCGAAGGACAAGAUCGACGCUUAUUGCGAAGAAAGGCGGGAAUACGUCAAGGAAGUGACUAACUUCAUAGCUAUUGGAACCACAUGGAUUCAAAUGAGGACAAAGGAACGCCAACAAGGGCUGGUACAAAAGAAAACGGACAGGGCAUCUGUCAUCAAGAAGAACCUUGAAGCAGCCAAACUAGGAGCAGCAUUUGACUCUCCGAAAUUCUCUCGCGAGUUCCAAAACCACCCGCUUGUCAAGACAAGCCAAGAUCUCACAGAACAAGUCUGGUCCAACCUCGCUGAUAUCAUGAAGCUAGCAAAACGUGUGAUUAAAGAAGAAGACGAGCGCGAAUCUCAGGCUUUGCUCCUCCAGACUCGCACCGCCCUCGCCACUGCCAUCUUUCAUGGACCCUUUCCAUCCCUCUACCCCAAAAUCCCAUCCAUCAUCGACUUCCUGGCCUAUGAUCGUCUCAAGGUCAUCCUCCACCUUCCCGGCAUGAUCAACGUCGACGAACAUCUACUGAAGCUUAUCGUAAAUGUAUUUCGCGAGCAAUGGACGGCGAAAACACGCGAUGAGCUUGUUCGGAUCCUCGGAUUGGACCAGACCCGCGCCCAACUCCAACUCGCUCGCAACGUCUUUAAAUGCCACGGAUGUUUCCCCUCGCGUACCCUUUUCUUCCCGGAGGUGUUGGAGCAUCGAUGUUGUUCGCAUUUGCGGGGUACGGGACAGAGGUGUGUGUGGACAGCGGAGUAUCUGUCCAGACACGAAACGUUGAUGGCUUUCAUGCCCACUUUUAUACGGGCCAUCCGGUUGUACCCGGAAAUUGCGACUGUGGGAGAUAUUGCUGCGCUGAAGCAGCAUUACCACUGCAAGAUUUGCCGGAGGGCGGGUCGCUUCGAUGGGGGGUUUAGGAACGUGUAUGGAUGGCGCUCCUUUAUCGAACAUAUGGGUGAUAAGCAUUCGUCGGCGGGACGCGGCCGACUUUCUUAUCCAGAGGACUUUGAGAUUAUGCCUUCUGUGGAGGAUCCUCUGAAGAGGUAUGAGGCCAGUCGAGGCUGCCGUCUUUGCCAAGACCCAAAGUGUGUUUUAAACACGUGAAUAUUUCGAAAACUUUUCUAUCUUCACGUGGACUGUACAAAUAGACUAAAAGAAAAUGUAUGCGACAUAUAUGGCGCCAUGUGCAAAAUGUAUCCCCCGAACCUGUUGUUUCUGUUCGAAAACGAGAGGGCUAAGUGCCAACCAAUGACUGUUAUAGGUUGGGUACUUGAGAGUAUACACCGCGGUUUCUUGUAGCUCGGCGCUGACUGUAUCGGCUGCGUUUCUGCAGAAUUACAUUCUAUUCAUGAAACCUUCAGGGCGCGGUAAGCAUC